CUCGAGUGAUUGAAUAUGAAUGACCUCUUCUCCGUCAGGCCAGUGUCUACGCUCCACGAACGGCGCAACCAUUGCGAGUGCAGCCUAUGAUCUCAAAAUCCAGAGCAGUGUUGAACUCCCACUUUUCUCCCUAUCAGCAUCAACGUGUGGCUAGCAGGCUGCUUCCAUGCGCCACCACAGCCACAAUAUCACGGGUAAUCAGCUCCAGCCGAGGCACCGCAUCCCAGCUCGACGGGUAUCCCGCUCCAGUGCCGGCGAUGGGCACCAGGAACGGAGCAUGCUGUCUUAAAGCUCCCCAGACCCCCACAGAUUCUUCUUUCUCGCUGUAACCGUCCGUCCGUCCUUCCGUCUGUCCAUAUCGAUCCGUAGCAACACCACUGCACCACCACUACCGCACCACCACCACCGCACACAACCGCAACCAUGGCGCCCGUCGAGCUCUCCGUCACCAAGAACAUCGCCACCAUCACCCUCAACUCCCCCGAAAAGCUCAAUGCCCUCGACCUCGACGGCUACUUCGCGCUCGGCUCGAUGCUGCGGCAGAUCGCCGCGAUGCCCGAGGUAUCGAUCACCAUAAUCACUGGCACGGGGCGCUUCUUCUCCGCCGGCGCGGACGUGACCUCGACCACAACCGACGCCUCGGCGCCCACGACGUCCUCCUCAGCCGACGAGACGCGGCGGAUACUGAUUUUCGCACUGAACGGGCCCGCGGUCGGGCUGUCGGCGGCGAUCGUCGCGUUCGGCGACUUCGUGUACGCCACGCCGCAGACAUUCGUGCUGACGCCGUUUACGUCGCUGGGGCUCGUCGCCGAGGGCGGCGCGAGCUACAUGUUUGUGCGGCGCAUGGGCAUUGCCAGGGCCAAUGAGGCGCUCAUACUCAGUAAGAGGAUUCAGUGCGAGGAGCUGCUGCAGUGCGGCUUCGUUAAUAAGGUGUUUCCGCGCGAAACGUUUGCGAAGGAUGUCAGGGAUUAUAUAGACGAUGCGUUUGGUCCCCACCUCAACCAUGAGAGCAUGAUGCAGGUUAAGAAGUUGGUGCGAGAGGGCUGGGAACGCGAGCUGGAGGCGGCGAAUGUGCGCGAGGCCGUCACCGGCGUCGAGAGGUUCAUCAGGGGGAUUCCUCAGGCGGAAUUCGCGAAGGUCGCUAGUGGCCAGAAGAAACAUAAGCUGUAAAUACGGUACGGUACAUUACGUACACACUUUUUAAAAGGAGGGGUGCGGGAUACCCGGGGCACUCAUGUAAGAGAGAGAGAGAUCUUCAGUUUAUUUCGCAUACAGCCUAUCUGGACUAUGGCGAAACGGGGCACUCAUGUAUUUUAGGCGUUUAAUGAAC